UUGCGGUCGUCUAGAUUUACAUCGGAGAGACCUCGCAAGAACUGCAUAAAAGACGUUAUCGGGUAGAAUCCGUGGUGUCUCGUAGGCAGAACGAGCACGACCACCUGCGUCGUCGAGGGAUGCGCGCGCUCUCCUCCGCUCGAGGAUCAUUCUGUCGUUCGGAAGGCGACGGGCCAGGCUGACCGGCAUCGCUGCGGUAGUGACGGGGACCUAUCGAAGUCGCUCAGACUUAUUUAGAGUCGCUUAUUCUGACACUACAGGAAUGACUGGCUCAGCCGCCGGCUCGCCGCACUGACGGGAACACCGCCGUACGGAAUCGAAAUUACAAGGGGAUGUAGUGGCGCGGGGAAGACCGCGAGCUCACGGAGCCAACCGCAGUGUCAGAAGCGGGCGGAAUCGAGCGGUUUGAUAUCGUGUUGAGGAAACUCGUGUCGGCUCACCGCGAUCCGCUUAGGCAGAGGGAUGAGUCUGGACAAAGCGGUCUAUGAAGGGAAACCCCGCGCGGACGGCGACGCGGAGGGGGUGAUUAGCAGCGGAAAUGUCGGAUCGCCGCGGCACCCAGCGUGCGCUCAGCCCCCCGGCGGACGGAGCCGCGACGCGCGUUACCAGCAACACUGUCGCCACCACGGAGGUUCGGUAGUGAAGCAACCGCCACAUAAUGAGCCCGCGGACCUGGUGAAGCGCGCUCUGGAUUUCAAGACCCAGGGUACACAGUGCUACAAGGACAAGAAAUACCGAGAGGCGAUCGGGAAAUACCACCGCGCGCUGUUAGAGAUGAAAGGUCUGUGUCGCGUGCUCGGCGACCCCGACGUCAACUCGAAGUCCCCGUCCUCCGUGCUACCGGGCAUUAGCAAGUCCAGCCUUACCGACGAGCAGAAAGGCGCGGUGGAGAGCGCGGAGCUGGAAUGCUACAACAGCCUUGCGGCCUGUCUGUUACAGAUGGAGUUGGUGAACUAUGAGCGGGUGAAAGAGUACUGCCUGAAGGUUCUAAGGAAAGAAGGAGAGAACUUCAAAGCAUUGUAUCGCUCAGGUGUUGCUUAUUACCACUUGGGAGACUACCACAAGGCUCUACACUACCUACAGGAGUCCCACAAACAAGAGCCCUCAGACACCAACGUGAUCCGCUAUAUCCAGCUGACGGAGAUGAAGAUCCGCCGUGUCGCACAGCGGGAGAAGAAAGAGUGUCCGUAAGGUCUUCCCUCCUUCCUGCCAUCUCCCGUGCUUGGAGUUCCCGUUCACAUCGCCAGCCGGUUGGAGUCCCGGCUUCGGCCCAUCCCCCUUCCUGUCCUGCGGACACCGCGCCUCUGAUCCUUGCCACUAGCAGCUCUUCAUGAUGUCGUGAACGUUGUCAUGGACCAAGACUUUGGCUUGCUGCGUGAAGGCCACGUGAUGUCAAGUUUCGGGUUAGAAGCUGGACCAGACGCCGGGUCUUCGUGGCCAGUCACCAUAUCCCCACAGCUCCUCAUGCGUGUGCUCCAUUUGUGAGGUGGUCCCUGAUUUGUGUAAAGCAUAUCUGUACAGACCCGAACCGCAAGCUCGACAAAGCAGUAGUCACUUUUGUUUAAGUGUGAAAACGAAUAAAUCACUCGAUGUGGAGUUAGGUAACCCAUACCAACAAUCACACACAAACCUAAUUAAAAAAAACCUGGCUUGCUGGGACACAUUAUAGGAUAUCACAUUCAGGAUCUCUGUUGCCCCCUUUGAACUUUAGUACAGAGCAUCUCAUCAAACAUCAAACAUCUCAAAUCCUUUAGCACCUGCCCUACAUAUUAUGAAACGUGUGUAUUUUCUACAUGUCUUCACUGAACAGAUGGUGUAAUACAGUACGUGCUUAAAAGAGCACUCAAAGAUCUGUGAGAGAAACAUUCUAGUUGGAACAACCAACUCACUGUGCCACUUAAAAGAUCAGAUCACUUUGAUGUCGUGACAGAUAGGAUUUUUCUACUCUGGCAAGAAACCCAUGUUCACGUUUUAAGUGUCUGAAAGCACAAAUAACCACGGAAUCUGUGCUUGGCUUGAAAUGCUUGGAAGGUAUGUAUUUCUUCCACGUAUCAUAUUGAAAUCCCGAAUAGUCAUGACAAUGUUAAGUGCAAAAUAAAGUUUGUGUUUAUUGGUAUUGAA